GCCGCGCUGCCGCCGCCGACCCGUGUUCCGCUGCGUGAGGCGCCGCCGCCGUCGCCGCUGCUGCCGUCAUGCCCAGACCGACGCGCGAGUCCUACGGCGACCAGAAGCCGCCCUACUCCUACAUCUCGCUGACGGCGAUGGCCAUCGCCAGCAGCGCCGAGCGCAUGCUGCCCCUCUCCAGCAUCUACCAGUUCAUCAUGGACCACUUCCCGUACUACCGGCAAAACGCCACCAAGUGGCAGAACUCGCUGCGCCACAACCUCAGCUACAACGACUGCUUCGUCAAAGUCCCGCGCCGGCCCGACCAGCCGGGCAAGGGCGCCUUCUGGACGCUGCACCCGAAGGCGCAGACCAUGUUCGAGAACGGCUCGAUGCUGCGCCGCCGCAAGCGCUUCAAGCUGACCGAGGACGAGAAGGAGAUGGUGCGUGCCGUGCUGGCGGCGCAGGCGGCGCCGUGCAGGCCGUCGCCGUACCCGCGGCCGUACCCGGCGGCGUGCUCGCCCUGGCCGGCGGCCGGCCGCGCGCGCCAAUCCUUCAGCGUCGAGAGUCUGGCGCAGUCGGACCUCUCGCCCGGCGCCGUCUCGUCCCACUCCGAGUGCGAGUCGGCCUCGGACGGCGAGAGGAGCUGCUGA